AGUCAGUAAUCUGUUAGAUACUCAAGUACCUCGAAAUUGUUAUUAAAACCCCAUCCAAUUACGUUUAUAAACAUUUUUUAAUAUAAAUAAACAUAUUCUUAGAAUAUAUAAAUAAGUAGAUAAUUUAAAUUAUAUAAAUAAAUAGAAUAUAAUAGUUUUAUAAGUAUUCAAGUGCAACAAAGAAUUCAAAAUGAGUUUCUUUAGUAAUUUAUUUGGUGGCAGUAAAAAAAAUGCUGCACCAACAGCUAGUGAAGCAAUUCAAAAAUUACGUGAAACUGAAGAAAUGUUGAUGAAAAAACAAGAUUUUCUUGAGAAAAAAAUUUCAUCAGAAAUAAUGACUGCGAAGCAAAACUGUUCAAAGAACAAAAGAGCCGCAAUUCAAGCUCUCAAACGUAAGAAACGUUAUGAAAAACAACUGCAGCAAAUUGAUGGGACAUUAUCAACGAUUGAGAUGCAAAGAGAAGCAUUGGAGAGUGCUAAUACAAACACAACGGUAUUGCAAACGAUGAAGAAUGCAGCAGAUGCAUUGAAAGCUGCUCAUCAACAUAUGGAUGUUGAUCAAGUUCAUGACAUGAUGGAUGAUAUAGCUGAGCAACAAGACGUUGCCAAAGAAAUAUCAGACGCGAUAUCAAACCCAGUUGCAUUCGGGCAAGAUGUUGAUGAAGAUGAACUUGAGAAAGAACUUGAAGACCUUGAACAAGAAGCAUUAGAUCAAGAAUUAUUGAAUGUUGAGGGUACUGAUACACUUCCAGAAGUUCCUACUGCUACUGUAGAACCGGUUGCACCAGCUAAAAAAACAAAAGCAAAAGAUGCCGAGGACGAUGACGUAUUAAAACAGCUCCAAGAUUGGGCCACGUAAAUUGAUCGAAAUAUUAUUUUAAAAAAAGAAACGAAAGAAAGAAAUAUAUAAAAACUAUUGGAGUAUAUUAUUUUAAGCUUUGAAAUUAUCUUUACUUGAAGCGUAUAAUUAAAAACAAAAACAGUGAUGAAAUAUUGAUAAAGCUUUGCUAUUUUAUUUUUAUUCUUGUUCUUAUUCUUAGUGUAAAUAGCCUGUUCAAUUAAUCAAAUAUUAAUCAUUUAUUUUUUGACUAUCUGCUAAUUAUUAAAGAAAAAAAAAUUAUUGGAUAACGAAAAUCGACCAGUGACCUUGGUGAUAUAAUAUUGAAUAAAUUAAACGUCACAACUAUACUGUUAAUUAAAACUAAUAAUUACUUAUAAUUAUAAAUAAAUAUACAUUUUUAAAAAUUUA